AUGGCGAGCCAGCAGCUUCCGGCAGUGGGAACGCGCCUCAUCCACUGCGGACACCUGGGCACCGUGCGAUUUGUAGGGCACGUUGACGGAACCGCCGGGGUCUGGCUCGGCGUCGAAUGGGAUGAGCCACAGAGAGGAAGGCAUGACGGCGUAAAGAACGGGAAACGAUACUUCUCCUGCGUUGUACCGAACGCUGGAUCGUUCAUUCGACCGUCGUCAACCAUUUCGUACGGCCACACGUUCCUCGAUGCUCUAGCCUCGAAGUACAUUGACGUGCCUCACGGAUCGGGGCUGGAGAAGGUAGUUCUCGGUUCAUCCAAUGGCGCAAUCGAAGUCGAGGCAGUAGGGUUAGACAGAAUCAGAGGCAAGCUCGCCAAUCUCGAGCGGCUUCGUGAGGCGAGCCUCGAUGGUGAAGGCGUUGCUUCUGCAAAUCCUCCUGGUGCCAUCGCGAAGACCUGUCCUGGAAUCCGGGGCCUUGACCUCUCGAAGAACCUCAUCAUCUCUUGGGAUAUUGUCUCAGCGAUCGUCUGUGAACUGCCGAACCUGCAGCGGCUCGCACUCAACCAGAACAGGCUAUGUCCCCCUACCGAACAUGAUCGGGCGCUGGCUGCUUUCCGCAACGUCUACGAACUCCAACUCAAUACCACACUGACGACAUGGGAUGAUAUGCAACACAUCAUUCGUUACAUGCCCGCACUGCGGACAAUCGAGAUGGGCUACAACCGCAUCCACACACUCUCGGGAGGUCGAGAUGCAAUCGCCUCGCGAUCGCAUCUGAGGCUAGAAGAGAUCAAUCUUGAUAGCAACUCGCUCUCGAGCUGGCCGGAAACAUGCGAAGCUCUGCGACCAUACACAGCACUGCAACGCCUCGUGCUAACCUCCAACGCCAUCGAGUCGAUCGGACCUCUGCACGAUCCAUCCGACCCGCCGGUCCACUUGAAACACCUCUCCCUCUCGUAUAAUCGACUUCGGUCAUGGCGCGACAUUGACCAUCUUUCGGAGUGGUGUCCCGCGAUAGAGUCGCUGACGCUCACGGGCAAUCCACUUGUGGAAGACGCAGAGCUGGGCCGAAACGCGCGGGCCCUCGCCAUCGCGAAAAUCCUAACUUUGAGAACACUUGACGCCGCCAGUGUCUCCGCAAAGGAACGGACCGACAGCGAACUGUUUUACCUUUCGUGGAUCAACAAAAACGGACCGCCCAAUGAGGACGCGCGAUGCCGGGAACACCCACGAUGGAGCGCGUUGUGCGAAAAGUACGGAAGACCCGACGCUGCGCCAUCUGCCUCGGAGCAGCGUCAAGACACAUUGAGUAGCCGCCUCAUCGAUGUGAAACUCUGCCGAACGGACACACCGCCCUCCAAGAAAGCCAUGCCUCCUCCAUCCGACCCGGUCGUACUCCGCGUCCUGCCGUCUAUGAACGUACGCACGCUCUACCUCAAGGUCGCCAAGUCGUUCAAGGUUCCGAAGGCCGCGCAGGCUUCUAUGAAGCUCUGGUUGCGGAUGUCCGACGACCAUCUCGCAGAAAUUAAUAGGGACGAUACACACGACUUGGAUUGGUGGGGAGUCGAGAAUGAUGCCGAGAUGUUUGUGUUCAUUGAGCAGACAUGAAACUUGCAUCAUUAGAGCCAUAGUCCUGGGAAGUCUACUGUGUAACUGUAUAAUAUUAGACACGGGUGUAUGUACAUCGCGACGCUAUGCCAGGGCGAAUCGAUGGCAAAGGACCAUGCAGAGAGCCGUCCAUGGUUCCCCUCCUUGCACAUAGGCCUUAAGACGGUCCGCGACACCAUGGGUAGGCCAAGGGAAGGACAAGCAGGCGCACUCUUGCACAAACAAAGAACCUUCUUCGACGCGAGUCGCGGGGAUGCAGCAGCCUUCUGAUUGUAAGCUUGAUACCAUCGCGUCGAAUCUCUUAUGAGCCUUUAUCGCCUUGAUGGGCCUGGGCAUACGUUCCUCGGGACGCCUCAACGGGCCAACGGCAGAAGCUUCGCGACCACACGAUUGAUGGGAACAGUCAAGUCCAACUUGGGUAUCCCUUUUUCUCCUCUCCGGGGCGC